AUGAUCCUGAUCUCUAGCUACAAGAACAUCAAGGAAAGAGUCCAGUGCACACUGCAAGAGCCAGAGCUGCUCUCAGGGGCAUUGAUAGAUGUGGCCAAACACCUGGGCAACCUGAAGUUCAAAGUCUGGGAGAAGAUGCUAGGGGUGGUGCAGUACACUCCUGUGGUGCUGGACCCCAAUACUGCACGUGCCUCUCUCUCGCUCUCUGAUGAUCUGACCACUGUGAGAUUCACAGGUACAGAGCAGAAAUAUCCUGACAACCCGGAGAGGUUUAAACCCUGUGUGAAUGUGCUGGGAUCUGAGGGGUUUACCUCAGGGAAACACAGCUGGGAGGUGAAGGUGGGGAAUAUAUCUGAUUGGGAUAUAGGAGUGGUGAAAGAGUCCAUCAGUAGGAAGGGAGAGAUAACAGCCAGCCCAAAGAGAGGAUUCUGGGUCUUAACGCUGAGGAAUGGUGAUAAGUACAGUGCAGUUGGAGUUACUGACCUCACACUGAAGAGGAAGCCCCAGAGCAUCAGAGUGCAGCUGCAUUAUGACAGGGGGGAGGUGUCCUUCUUCGACUCCAGUGACAUGUCACUCAUUUACACUUUUAAAGGUACAUUUACUGAGAGAGUGUUUCCAUUCUUCUCUCCCUGUUUGGAAGAAGAUGGGAGAAACGAUGGGCCCCUGCAAAUAUGCCCAGUGAAAGUUUCCAUAACAGUGUCAUGCCAGUGAAGGUAUCUAUGAAAAAAGAACUGACCAAAGAUGUUGUACUGAAGGAGUAUUAUAGAGUAAAUCCAUUUAAUAAUUGUACUUAAUCAAUUCUCUUUCAUGAUUAUUUUGUUUAUAGUUA